AUGUACGUACAAACCUAUCUGAGAGAAAGUUACAAUUGGCGAAAAGAAGUUGUAGUAAUCCUCAUAAACCUCAAAGCUGCAUUUGACUCGGUGCCCAGACAGCUGGUGUGGAAAGCGCUGGAAUACUACAAUGUGGGAGAAAGGCUAAUAAGUGUGAUCAAGAGUAUGCAUCACAAAACGACCGCAGCAAUAAAAGGCACAGAAAGAACGUUUGGAUAUUGCGGAGGAGUGAAACAAGGAUGCUCCCUAGCUCCCACACUGUUUAAGAUAUUCAUGUCAUUUGUAAUGACGGCGUGGAAACCGGCAGAACACCUGGAAGUCAAGCACCUGGAAUAUGCGGACGACAUAGCGUUGAUAGUGGGGCGACAGGUUACUCAGACUGUGUAUGACGAGAUCACCUCGCAUCUUGAACGCAAUGGGCUAAGCGUGAACCACACGAAAACUAUACUGAUUUCCAAUCAGAGUGAGGAUGCACUGGAGACAAACAAGGGCACUAUACCAAGCCAGCGUGAGGGUAGAUACCUCGGAUUUAUGCUGCAAGCAAACGGAGGCACUGAGACAGAGAUAGAUUGCAGCGAGGAAGAUGGAAGCCAGACUCAAACUAACGAAAAUGAGCAGAAUUUGGUGUAG